AUCUCAUCCUCAGACGUGAAGAGACUAAAGAAAUACUAAGAGUCUUUUGCCAGUUAUCACACAUACCACUUAAAAUGGAGUUCUGCUUUGGAUUACUUCAGACCCGCAGACCUAAGACCUCAUGGAUCGGCUUGAUCUUUCUUUGCUCAAUGAUGUGCACGUGGACUAGUGUAGAGUGCUGGUCCUACUACUACUCUAACACCACCAUGACUUGGCCGGAAGCCCGAGCCUGGUGCCAGAAGAACUACACAGACAUGGUGGCCAUCCAGAACCAGGAGGAGAUCGGGCAUCUCAACAGCUGGCUGCCCAAGAAAAGCAACUACUACUGGAUUGGAAUACGCAAGGUCAACAAUGUCUGGACCUGGGUAGGAACCAACAAGACUCUGACAGCGGAAGCAACCAACUGGGCAAAGGGCGAGCCAAACAACGGCAAAAAGAGACGUAUUAGUCACGUGAGCGAGGAUUGUGUGGAGAUGUACAUUCAAAGGGAAUGGCAGGCCGGAAAAUGGAAUGAUGAGAGGUGUGGAAAUUUGAAGACCGCUCUUUGCUACACAGCUGCCUGUAAGAACGACUCGUGCCGCUAUGGAGACUGUGUAGAAACCAUCAACAGCCAUGAGUGCGCUUGCUUUGAGGGCUUUUACGGAGAGAGGUGUGAGCAAGUUGUCCAGUGUAACAAAGAGGAGGUGACCGUUCCAUAUAAAGGAAGUGUAGAUUGUGUUCAUAAGUAUGGAAACUUCUCUUACGACUCCUUGUGCCAGUAUUCAUGCGAGGAAGGAUACCAGCUGAGUAUGUCAAGACCCCUGACGUGCACUGCCUCCAAAAAGUGGUCCGAGCAGCCUCCUACAUGUGAAUUGGUCCAGUGUCAGGUGCUGUCAAGUCCAGCAAGAGGAUCCAUGAAGUACUCCGAUCCUCUGGGCUCCUCCAGCUACCAGUCCACCCGUGUGUUUACCUGUGAUGAAGGCUACGUACUUGCUGGUUCCCCAUCUAACACCCUGCUAUGUGAAGCCUCAGGAAUUUGGAAUGCUUCACAGCCGCUUUGUCUCGCUGUCCAGUGCCCGUCUCUCCAGCAGCUGGACAAUGAAUUUGUCAGCUGUGGGGACGAUGCAGAUGUGAUGUUCAGCUACGGAAACACCUGUAGCUUCAGCUGUGCCCCCGGCUACCGCCUGGUGGGACCGAGCAAGGUGACAUGCACGUCAGCAGCUGUGUGGAGCGAGAGGAAGCCUCGCUGUGAAGCCAUCACUUGCCAGAAUCCAGAGGUAGGAGCUCACCUCAUCCCCCAGUGCAGCCAACCUUUGACUGAACUGCGGCCAAACUCCACCUGCAGCUUCAGCUGUGAGGCAGGCUUUGACCUGCAGGGAGCGCACAGCACUCAGUGUUCUGAGGACGGACAGUGGAGUAAUGCCAUACCUACCUGCAAAGCAAUAGGGUGUCCUGCUCCUGAGAUCCCAACAAGUGCCCAGAUCAGUUGCAGCCCUUCUCUGUCUUCACCUGCUUCUGCUGUGACCCCCCAUCCACUUGGUAUGGUCUGCAUGUUCAGCUGUGAUGAAGGCCAUGAGCUGCAGGGUGCACUCAGCAUGAAGUGUGCAAAUCCAGGCCGGUGGACCGCCGCACCACCAAACUGCACAGCAGUGAGAUGCCCAUCGCUCGAGGCUCCUGAAAACGGUCACAUCAACUGCUCAAACAGUGAGCCAGUGUUCAACUCACAGUGCUCCUUCACAUGCAAUCAAGAUUACUUAUUAGACGGACAUGAGCUGCUGACCUGUGAUCGGCAUGGCAAUUGGACUACUGGACAGAAACCCACCUGCCAAGCUCCCCCAUCUCUGGUCACUGCCAUUGCUUCUGGUCUGGCCACAGGGGGCGCUCUGUUGUCUGGUCUGUCUCUGGCUGUGUGGAUCCUGAAACGACUGAAACAGAGAGCAACCAAGUUUGAGCUUAACAGCAACUCUGACAUAGAGGACCCUCCACAAGUCUACAAAAACAGCAUUGGCAGCCUCAUUUAGAACACAGUCAUCUUCUUCAGAGACAACUAAGGAUAACUGAAUUUAUCUCUAACAAUAACUGUAUGUGAGUCACCAGUCAUCGUAAUGUGAACAAUAUCAAUACAUUACAUUAGUAUUAAACUUGUUAACAGGAACACUGAAUAUGUGAGAGCUAUCUUAUGGCGAGAGGAGAGGGUUUUUCAGACCAUUGCAUUUGAUCGUUGUAUUAUGUUUUGUUGAAUCUUACGAUUUGCUCUGUAAUUUUGUUGUUAUUAUUAUGUACUGUAUUUCCUCCCAAAGGGAGAUUUAUAUUGAACACAUUGUUCUAAAGCUAUGCUGGAAAGUUGGCUCUAUUCAUGUUAUCGUAAAUAUUACAUAACGCCAAGAAUGCCAUGUCGUACAGAACUGUGAAUAAUUUUAGUAUUUCGGUAUUUAUGUACUAUUUAUUUAACCGAUGGUUAUUGCAUUUGAAAUGCUCAUUCAUAUAUCUGUAUUCUUAAAGCAGUGCUGAUUUGUAUUCAUAAUAAAACUUGAAACUUU